CCAACCUCCAAACCACCUCCAACACCUUCCUUCUUCCUCUUCACAUCUGCUGGGUUCAGGAUGGCGGAGUCUCUCUCGAAAAUCUCCGCUGCCUUCGAGACCGCGAAGGAGAUAACCAUGGAAGCUGCUGCUGCGGCCCGCACUCCUGCCCUCGGCGACGAUGGCGUCUUCCGCGUCAGAGACGUCAAGCGGUUUCUCAAUUCUCGUCAUGAGAAGGAGAAACUGCAGGGAAUGAAGGCAAUUGCUACUCUCAUGUCCAAAGGCGAAGACGUGACCGAGUACUUCCCCGAAGUCGUCAAGAACUCGGCCGCGCAAACACUCGAGAUCAGAAAACUGGUUUAUAUCUACCUGCUCCGGUACGCCGAGCGCGAGUCCGAUCUCGCGCUUCUGUCCAUCAACGCGAUCCAAAAGUCUCUCGGCGACCAGAACCCACAAAUCAGAGCGAUGGCAAUCAAAGUGCUCUCAGGCAUUAAAGUGCCCAGCAUCGCGCCCAUCAUCCUCCUUGCGAUCCGCAAGUCCAUUGUCGAUUUCUCAGCCGUCGUGCGUCGCGCGGCCGCGGUCGCGAUCGGGAAAGCCUACGAGCUCGACAAGAGUAAUUUCGAGACUCUCGUGGGGUAUCUCGGUACCUUGCUCGCCGAUAAGAGUUACUACGUCGUGGGUUCGGCCGUGCAGACCUUUGUCAGAAUUUGCCCAGACAGGCUCGAGAUGUUGCAUGUGCAUUAUCGUCGGUACUGCAGCAUGCUCGCUGAUAUCGAGGAGUGGGGCCUCGUGUGCUUACUCGACGUCAUGACUCGCUACGUGCGCGUGUACGUGCCCAAGGGAAAGAUGGUCAAGAAGCCAAAGGACACGUUCUACUCCGACGACGAAGGCAGCGGCGCCGACCAACAAGAACCCGACGAAGAGGAAUUCGUCAUCGAUCCCGAUCUCGAGCGUCUUCUGGCGGCCGCAAAGCCUCUAUUGCAGAGCCGCAAUAGCGCAGUCGUCAUGGCCGUCGUCAAUCUCUUCCACUCGCUCGUCCCCGAGGCAGAUCUCUCGUUUUUGGGGCCCCCGCUCGUUAGAUUGCUUGCGCAGCCUCCCGAGAUUCAGUAUGUCGUUAUGACAAACAUUGUCGUUCUCGCCUUGACCAGUCAGGACCUCUUUGCUCCGUACCUGAAGUAUUUCUAUCUUCUCCCCUCGGAUUCCUUCCAAAUUUCCAAACUCAAGAUCGAGGUCCUGACGCUCUCCUGCUCGGAAUCCAACGUAUCCGAAGUCCUCGCCGAACUGCAGUACUACGCCACCACCGCCGACCCGACCCUCGUCGCCGAGUCCGUGCGCGCCAUCGGCCGCUGUGCACAAAUCUCACCCACCAUCGCGCGCCGCUGUCUGCGCUGGCUGCUCAAGCAGAUUCACUCUCCCAGCCACGUGCUCGUAGGCGAGUCGCUCACCGUCAUCCGCUACAUCAUCCAGCUCUCGCCCAAGGACCACAUCAAGACCGUCGCCAAGCUUGCCAAUGCGCUCGACAAGACGCGCGUGCCGCUGGCGCGGGCGAGCAUUAUUUGGCUCGUUGGAGAGUUCUCCGGUAUCGCGCAAAACAUCGCGCCGGAUGUACUUCGCAAGUGCGCAAAGAGCUUCGCGGACGAGGACGAAGGGACAAAGCUGCAGAUUGUCUUGCUCGCGGCAAAGAUUUACUCGCAUUACAUUGAAGGACGGCCGGUACCAGACGAGGCCAGCAACGGAUACGGCGAGAACGACGAGCUUGCGCCGACGAUCAAGCCGUCUGAAGAUCCGAUGGAUAUGCUGUUUAACUAUGUCAUGUUGUUGGCGCGGUACGAUACCUCCUACGACCUGCGUGACCGCGCGCGGCUUUACAAGUCUGUGCUGGAUACGCCUGGCGCGCCUCUAGCGAAGCUUCUCCUGCAAGCCCCGAAACCGUCGCCGCAUGCGCCGUCGCCGUCGCAGGGUAAAGAUGCGUUUAUGCUAGGUACAACGGGAAUGCUGGUCAAGGGCAAGGUCGUGAGCACGAGUCCGCUGCCGCUGUGGAGCACCGAGACGCCCGAUCCCUCGAUCCGGGACGACGUCAAGGAGGAUAUCGAGAUCGACGAGAGCAGUAUCCCGACGCGGAUUCUCGAGACGACGAUCAAGCGAAGCAAGAAGUCAAAGAAGGGCAAGAAGGCCAAGAAGGUGUCGUCGACGUCGAAGAAGAAAGCGGUGAAGACGCAGCCGGAGAUUGUGGAGAGUAAACCGGCUGUUAAAGCGGCGGCUACGAAGAAGAAGAAGGAGGAGGACUAUCAUGUCACUUUGGAUGAAUUUUUCGGGGAACCGUCAACGACGCAGUUCAUCAGCGAAUCUGACGAAGAGGAGGAAGAGGAGGAGGAAGAGAGCAGCGGAAGCGAAGUCGAGGUUAUUGUCGAAGUCAGCGAGGAUAGCGACGAAGAAGACUCUGAUGAGGAUGAUGACAGCGAUGAGGAUAGUGAUGAAGACGAAGAUAGCGAUGAGGAGGAGGAAAGUGAGGAAGACGAAGAAGAGAGCGAGGACGACGAGAGCGAGGACGAUGACUCGGGAGCGCAGGCCUCGCUGCUGUCUGGGCGCUGAGGGCGUCUUGUAAAUAUCCCUUUUUAUAGUCAUAGAUUAUUUAUCAAUAUAUCUUAUCUUCCUGUCUGAUUAUUGCUGUUAACUACUAAUAAUUACGAAAUGGCCGGCGCGGUACGGUUUAUUUAC